GGGAGCUAGUGGACAUUAACGAUUUGGUAUUUAGAGAAACCACUCAAAGAAAGGUUGUUAUGGGCACUCAUCCAAGCACCCCCGGGAGCUAGUGGACAUUAACGAUUUGGUAUUUAGAGAAACCACUCAUUUUCUACGUUAUCAGUCGCCACGGAGAAUGGUUUUAUAUCUGAUUGAUUAUUCGAGGCAAUUGAAGUGCAAGUAUGAGAAUAAGUCCUUUGCUUUCCAAAUUCAAAUUCAGCGUGAAGUGCAGCGAUGGUGAAGGGGGCGGGGGCAGGGCGAGCGCCAGUGCAUUGGCGGAAGCGCGGGUGGUAUUUUGUGCAGCUCCUGCAAUGGGCCACAACCAUCAUCAGGGAUCACAUCCUGAAUGUAGUUCUCGAGUACCAGCAAUCUUAGAGACUCUCCAAAACCUAGAGCUCACUCCAAAGUUUCUUUCCAAGGAGGUUGUAGAAAUUCAAAAUUUCAAAUCUGCUUCUAGGGAUGAUAUUUUGGGUGUCCACUCUGUCACAUACGUAAGGGGCUUGGAAAAGGCAAUGGAUACAAUUGGGGAGGAAGGCUUGGUAAUGAUUGAUGGAUCUGGUCCCACAUAUGCCACGUCAAAUACAUUUUUUGAGGCAAUGCUUGCAGCAGGCGCAGGCAUCACUCUUGUUGAUUCUGCGGUUGCAGCAUCAAAAAUAACAAACAAUCCUCCUGCAGGUUUUGCCCUUGUCAGACCUCCAGGUCAUCAUGCUGUACCAAGAGGACCAAUGGGUUUCUGUGUCUUUGGCAAUGUGGCUAUAGCAGCUCGUUAUGCUCAGCGCAUACAUGGGCUACAACGUGUGUUAAUCAUUGAUUUUGAUGUUCAUCAUGGAAAUGGGACAAAUGAUGCUUUCUAUGAGGAUCCUGAUGUUUGCUUCAUCUCAACACAUCAGGAAGGUAGCUACCCUGGUACUGGAAAAAUGGAGGAAGUUGGAAAGGGAUCUGGUGAAGGGACAACUUUAAACUUUCCUUUGCCUGGAGGUGCUGGUGAUCAAGCUAUAUCGGCUGUUUUUAAUGAAGUUAUUGUACCAGCUGCUCAGAGAUUCAAACCAGAUAUAAUUCUGGUUUCUGCUGGAUAUGAUGCGCAUGUUUUGGAUCCUUUGGGUGGUUUUCAAUUUACAACUGGCACCUACUAUAAACUUGCUUUAUUCAUUAAGCAACUAGCACAAGAACUUUGUGGCGGACGAUGUGUUUUUUUUCUUGAAGGUGGUUAUAACUUGAAAUCACUUUCAUAUUCUGUAGCUGACACUUUUAGAGCGUUUCUUGGGAAAGCUAGUAUUGCAUCCAAGAUCGACAAUCCAGCAAUAUUAUAUGACGAGCCAAUACUCUUGGUAGAUAAAGCAAUUGCUAAAAUCAAGGCCAUACAUGCAUUGUAAAAUAUGCGAAUGCAAAUGUAGCAACAGUAACUCCUUCCAAUUUGCAUAUCCUAUUGACAAAAUCAUUUAACCUAGAGAACAGAAAAGUGAUAAGAUAGAUAUGAUGUUGUUCAUAAGUAGAGUCGUUAAUGUGUUUACAUAUUAUGUGUUUACCAUGCCCUUAUUAUUGAACCUUGAAGUGCUAGAAUAUGAUACAAAAUUAAUAGAUAAAAUGAGAAGGCAUUCUUUUAUUGA